GUGACCUUCCUGUGUGGAAUCCCGGGGAAUACAGAGGACGGGGACAUCUCUCUGGUGGGUUCCCAUGACUGGAUCCAUCUAGAUCCUUGUGUCCUUCUAAAUACUCCCACUCCUCCAUGGAGAAAUAGACAGUGACACCCUGACACCUUAUAGGAACCUGACACACACAAUGAUACAGUCACCAUCCAGACACAUCCCUUGUCUGUUACUGGAGAAUGUCCCAGAAUUCCCGGCACCGCUCACCUCUCCUGUCAGCAGCUCAGUGAUCUCUCUGGUGACUUCUAGAAUCUUCUUCUUC